AUGGUUGAGUUUAAAUGGCCAGGUAUGUUGAAUAUAUCCCUGUAUAUCCAGAAAAUAUUGGGUGUUUUUACACGCUUCGGAGAAACUUUAAAGCUAGAUGGUCAACCUACACAGGUGGCAGCACAUACCCUUUUCAGAUCAAUCAGUAAGAAGUUGAGCCAAAGUUGGGACCAGGAGGAAAUAUCUGAAGUUUCUUCGGAUGAUGCUGCUGUACCAAUAGAUGAGAGGUUAAAGUAUCAGGAUAUUUUGACUUAUCUAAGAUGUGGAGAAUGUUGUGAGCUGUGUACUCCACCUCUAGUACAGUGUAGGAAGGGUCAUAUCUACUGCAGCAACUGUAAACAAAACAAAAAGCUGGUUCAGUGUAAAAAAUGUAAACAAACCUUUGUUGAUGCUCCAAACCUUGCUUUAGAGAAACUGCUUUCGUUCAUCACUCUGCCCUGUAGAUUCAGUAUCCGUGGAUGUGAGCGGGUUUUCUUCUCUACUGGGAGAGAGGAGCAUGAGACGGAUUGUAAAUACCGUCCUAUUCCUUGUCAAUACCAGAUCCAUGGGUGCAAAGCAGUCUUCUCACAGAAGGAAAUGUGCUGGCACCACAGGAUGUGCGAGUAUGCGAACUAUCCGCACUCUAAUAUUAUCCCUAAAAUGCCGACAAGGAAGAAAACAGUGGUUGAAGGAGGAGGAGAUAUGAAGGAAUCAGGAGAACAGGAGAAAUCAGGAGGAAAAAAGGAAAAUUAGUAGCUGGGUUCAUAAUUCAGCUAGGUGAACAGGAGCCGAUACUGAACAGGAACUGUUCCUGAAUCAGAACUAUGAAUUCCUGAAUUAUUCCGGAACAGGAAUUAUCUUUGAACAGUUAUUAUUUCUGAACAGGAAUUAUCUUAAAACAGUUAUUAUUUCUGAACAGGAAUUAUCUUUGAACAUUUAUUAUUUCUGAACAGGAAUUACAGUCUAACAUAAAUUAUUCCUGAACAGAAAUCAUCCCAACACGUAAAUUAUUUCCCGAACAUGAAUUAUCUUAGAACCUAGGAAUUUUUUCUGAACAUUAAUUAUCUUAAAAUAUUAAUUAUUCCUGAACAGGAAUUUUCUUUGAAUAGAAAUUAUUCCUGAACAGGAAUCAUCUUUGAACAUUAAUUAUUUCUGAACAGGAAUCAUCUUUGAACCUAAAUGUUUCCUGAGCAGCAUUUAUUUUCAAACAAGAGUUAUUCCUGAACUGGAACUAUUUUCGACAAAAGUUAUUUUUGGACAUGAAUUAUUCCUGAAUUAUUCCUGAACAGGAAUUAUCUUCGAACCGGAAUUAUUCUUGAACAGGAAAAAUAUGUCGCCCUUGAAAACAAAUCCUUCUUCCUAACAACAUGUUUAACUUAGUGCAACUCAUUUUUUAUAUUCCUCCCACAACUGCAGUACACUAUUGGUGUAAACAAAGUUUUGAGGAUUUAGUUUUUUGAGAUAUUUCAAUUUUUCUUCCUAGAUUCUGAAGUAUAUUAAGAGGAAUUCCGCCUUAUAGACACAUUAAGAAUGAAAAUAAAUUUUGUUAUUUA